UUUUCCAUCUUUUCCGUUUUGGUCACACACCCCGCCACGGAGUGCGUGCCCGCGGGUCCGGUUCGUGCGUGAGUAAGUGACUGUGCGUGUGUGUGUGUGUGUGUAUAUGUGCGUGCGCGUGUGUGUUCUUCUCGCAUCCGUUCUUCUUCGGUACCGUGUGACGUUGGCGUUGGGUCUGUGUCCCAUCCCACACUUGGCCAGGCAAGCGUUUCUGGACACCGGGGUGUGAGCAUUACCCAGAAGAAGACGUGGUGAGGUGCAAAAUUAAAAGGAUAAUCUUGCAGCGGCCGGUUCCAACGCACCCGAAGCUGGUUUUCACUGGUGACUAGAUUUAUCUAGCUUGAUUGGGUGCUAGUCGCAGAAAGGAAGCUAAAAAGAGGUAUUCGCUUCGGUAUCCAAUCUACCGUUACCCCGCUAGUGUGUGUGUAUGUGUGCGUGUAUCUUCAUUUGACUGUCGUCACGAAAAGCGAGGAACUCAGGGAGUAAGGGCUUGCAAAGCGAUCCAGCUCUAAAUACUGUUGAUUUGUCAACCAGCUGCCACAAACACUUGUCCGUUGAUACGGGAUAACACAUUGAGCUAAACGCUUUUACCGCCGAACGCCUGCGUACAGCAAAUCAUGCAAAAAUGGAUCUGACUACAUUGUCGUUCAUCGUAAUUGUGCUGUUCUUUUCCCUUCUGUCGAUGCUGUUUAUUAGUCGCUUUCUGCCCAAGGGUAAAUCCUUUGAGGAAAUGCUAAAGGAGAAGCGUGAAAUGCGCGAAAAGAUUCUCGGUCUAACGUCCCCGGCAUCGUCCGGUGCGCCGACCAAGUCGAGCAAGGAGUCGGCAAACAAGCGGACGAAGAAAACGCAUCCUGGUGGCAAUGCGAACCAGAACCAGAAGAAUCGUGGUGCAAAGCAGCAGCACCAACAGCAACAGCAGCACCAGCGGGCCGAAGUGGUGGAACCGGAAAGUGAUGGACAUUCAUCUGAGAGUCCGCUCGAGGAGGAAAUCAAUCCGCUGACGUACGGUGCUAAGAAGCGUAUUGGGCAGACAACCAAUCUGACGGUGGAAUAUGCAGAAACUGAAGCAUUUCCAUUGAGUGAAAAUGCCGCUGGAAAUAAGAAAAAAGAUAACAAACAACAAGGUGGUAAGAAAAACAAGCAAAAGGCAGCUGGUGGCAUUCUGGUGAACAAAUCUGAACCGGUUCUGGUAAAGUCGGUAGAAACCGUACCAGAGAUGAAUCACUUUGCAGAAAUACACCCGAAGGAUGCACUGGAAAUCGCACGUCAACAGAAACACGAGGAUGAUACCAAGGUUGGAAAGAAUCAGACACCGAAAGAGCAGCGUCAGCAAAAUAAGAACAAAAAGGACAUCCAAUCGAAACUGUCCCCUAAGAACAAUGUCCCCGCUAAUGUUACCGAGCAGCAGCAACAGCAGCAUCAUCAACAUCAUUCCGCAAAUGCAGCGCACGUUGCUGAACCGAAAAAGCAAACAAACGCUGAUAACAAAUCUAACGCCGGUUCGGCACACAAGGACAAAUCGAACAAGAGGAAGAAAAACGAGCUGAUCACGCAAGAGCUAGCGGUUGAGAUGGCCGACGCUGCGAACGUGCACUCGCUAGUGAACAUCCUCAACAAGGCGGAUCUGCCACGGAACGAUAUCCAGAUUUUGAUCGACUUUCUGCUGAACAAACAGCAGGAUACGCUGGCGAAGGAUCCCUCCGAAUGGAACGAUCCGUCCGAUCCGCUGCAGAAGCUGAAAAAGCAGCUGCAGGAAAAGGAGUCGGCACUGGUCGAGGAGCAGAAGGCUGCAGCCGGGCUGCAUGCCAAGCUGAAGGAACUCCGCCAGGAGCUGAAUGGUGAGAAGAUGCAGGCCGGAGCUGUGCUCAAGGCGUACGUGGAGGAGCUGAACAACAAAAAGCAGGAGGUUCACAAUCUGACACAGGAGCUGAACUCGAUCAAAGACAAGCAGGCAAAUGAUAAGCAGGCGAUGUCGAUACAGUUCCAGCAGCUGCAGGCCAAGUAUAUACAACUGUCCAAGGAGCAUGCCUCGAUGCAGGACCACGGUGCAACGAUUGCGCAGCUGAACAACGAUCUGCAGCUACUGCAGCAGGAGCUGAUGGCAAAGAGCCAGCUGCUGAAUGAAAAGCUACAGUCCGAGGAGGAAAUGAUGAAGAAAAAGACUGAGUUCGAAAUUUUAUUACACAACAAUGAGGAGCUCAUGAGACAGCGUGUACAGGAAUUAACUGCCUAUGAGAACGAUUUACGCCAGUUGCGGCUGGAGCUGACCCAGAAGGACGAGCUGAGCUACGAAAUCGAGCAGCUGAAGGCUGAACUACAGGCGAAGCAAAAACAGGCAGUGGCAGCUGCAUCGGCCGCUGCAGCUGCGGCACACGCCACCAGCCAGGCGGACGAAAGCAACCGCGUCGAAAUCCGCAACCUCCAGAAUGCCUUAGACUCUACCAAAUCGAAGCUCGAGGUCUACCGGAACGAGCUGGUCGAGUGCAAGAGCCUGAUGACGGACUACAAACAGCAGACGAACGAGCUGAAGGCGAAGGAGGAACAGUUGCAGAAGCAGCUCGAGGAGCAACGACAAAAGAAUGAUAAUUUGCGUACGAAAAACUGGAAGUUGGUGGAGGCAUUGCAAGAUGCCGAACGCCGACGAGGACAGACGACAGCGGCACCAGCGAUAGCGGGUACGGAGCAAGUUGAGCAACAACAGAAGCUGAUCAACAGUAGUGCGGAAAAGGUGGACGUCGGUAAAGUGGUGCUGGAGGAGCAAAACCGUAUGAAGGAUCUGCUGGUGCAGUUACUGCAGCCGACCGGUGUGGUGGUGUCGGCCCUGCCCGUCGAUGCCACCGACUUCCAGAGCUGGCUCGAGGCAACGGUCGGCUGCAUUAAGGAGCAGUACGACAGUCUGCAGCGAUCGCACCCCACCAAUAGCACCGCAAACGACAGCAGUAGUACCAUUAGCAGCGGCGUUAACAAUAACGCGGUGGUCACGAACAGCCACCCAGAGCAAAGCUCUGGCACUGCCAACAGCAACAGUGACAGCAGUAGGCUUAACAGUAGCAGCAAUAUAAUCGCUAAUAAUAAUCUUAAUACCAAUAACAACAGCGUUAAUAGUAGUUUACACGAAAAUAGCAACGACGGUGUCGUGAUCACGAACAAGAACGGCGCCACCAGCGACAGUGGCUCCGAGGACGAUCAGCAGGCAAUGGCGCUGCGGUACGAGCAGAUGCAGCAAACCGUAGAUCAGUAUAAGUCUAUCAUAGCCGAUACGGAAAACAUGCUGAAAAACCUAGAAGCGAAGGUGAUCGAGCAGGACAUCCACUGGCGUACGGUGGUGCAAGCGAAGGAUAAGGAACUAAGCCUGCUCAAAUCUGCCGGUGCCGUUGAGCAGUAGAAACGGGUCGUCCAACAUUUUGGCCGCAUGUUCCUCUAAACCUGCCAGAAAUUAGUAGGAAGCGAACAUUUCGCACAUUUUUUUUCGCAAGAUGUUAAAUGGAAUGAAUACUACAAUCUCCCCUUUAAGGUGCAAUCGUUCGGAAGGAGAACUCACAAAUGGGUACGGGAGUGUGGAACAGGUGUGUGAGAUAGCAGAGAAGGGAGAGGGAAAGGGGGUAAAAAGCAGGAUGUUCUAUAUCUUUGGUUUGCAUAUUUCACCGUACGUCCCAGUCCCAACUCUGUGCAUGCAGCAGCGAAUGCGAACCACGAAGGAUGCAGGAUAAAAUUGGCGCAAUGUUUAAUUUACAUGAAGCGGGGAAGGAACACACAACUUUGGAGAAUGCGUAAAGAUCGUGAGCGUAUUGAAGCGAUCGAAAGGAUCGAAACGAUAGAAAAGAAGGAAACCCAAAAUUCAAUCAUUUAGACAAAAAUCAGUUACAUAGUGAUGGCAGAUGGUUUAAAAUGUUCGGUUUGUACCGAGUACACAUUCGUCACGAAGUAGGACGGAAUUUUCCACCGGCUCUCGACAGACACCGACACACACACAUGCAACAGUUUCCGUGUAAUAAACCACCCUUUACGAAACAACAACAGUAGGAGAAUAGGCAUACCCGGAAGUCCUCGAUUAAAUAUAUUUAUAUUUGUAUACAUAUAUCCACGCACACACACACACAUACACAAACGAACAAGCGCUCGCAUACAUGGCCGUUUUUCUUUCGUGUAUAAUCCUUAUCCGUACGCUUUUCUUCCUCCAGAGAGACAAUCCAACACAACAAACAAGAUGCUUGUACUUUCACACACGCGCGUUCCGUUCGGAAUGGCAUUGGGCAAACCAAUUUGAAGACUUUACUGUGGCCGCCGAAACGUAGAAACGAAUUUAUGUGUUUAAAAUGUGUUUAUCGUAAUUGAUUAGCUUAAUCUCAUGCAUGUGUGUUUUGUACUGGUUUCUAUUAAUUGUUCUACCUUUUUGGUUGUUUUUAUACCUUUUACGUUAAGAGUGUCCUGUCUGCAAAGACGGUUGCAUGACAGAUUGGAUAAUUAUUGCUGAAUAAUCCUGUUUAAUUGAAACGGAAACUGAACCUACCGUGCAUUUAUACAUUCAGUUUAUUAGGGUUGUGUUUUUUUUCCAUUUCCAUGCAUUCAAAUCGGUUAUCACGGUUUGUGGAAGCGUUUUGUGUACGCAAUCGUGUUCUCCGUGAGUCUUGUGAGUUGAGUACAUGUUGAUGCUGCGAUCGUUUCCGACUGUAUUGCGCGCGCGCGCGCCCGCAUUCGCGCGUGUGUGUAUAUAUUUAUAUAUUUAUACGUCCUACAUUGAUAUCUGUGGCCAAUAGAUGUUUUACAAUUGUUUUGGGACAGUUGUGUAAAAUACAUUCUUUUUGCAAGACUUUUUUGUUUUUGAAACUGGAUAAAAAAAGAACGUUUGUAAAGACAAAUGGAAAUGGGAAUUGGGUAAAGUUGGUUUGUGUCUGUGUGUUUGUGUGUGAGAGAGAGAGGGUGUGUGUGUGUGCAUAUGUAAAUGGUAAGAGCGUACUGCUGGGCAUGUGAAAAAGGAUCGACAAAUUUUAUGUUUUAAGAUUUCCUUCCCCCUACCCCACCCUUCCAAAACAUUACCAUACAUUAUUUGAAAGUGCUCGAUUAAAUAUAUAAGUGUAUGUAGCAACGCGCACAAAACUAUAAGCAUUUAUCAUUCUGACGUCUGUUCGAUGCUGCUGCUGCUGCUGCUGCACUCACUGCUGCAGUUUGAGGGCCUUGCGCUUCUUUCGAAUGAACUGUUGUUGAUGCCUUCCAGCUCUUGGGUUUCGGAACAUCCCUACUUUACUAAUCCUCACGGUUCCGUUCGCUCCGGAUUCGUUUUCUCAACUCCUCCAACAGUGCGAAUAAUUAAUGGCUCGAUACACGAACCUAGAACGAUUAGUAAGCGCAAAUACGAGCGAAGGAUUGGCGAUGAAUAUAUGGCACUGAACAUGAUGAAUCCUCCUACGGCGCAUACAGCAGUGAAAUGAAUUAGGAAAUCGGUACUCAAUAAGUUUAUUAAACCAGAAAAAGAGAAAAAAGAGGGUAGGAAGAGGGUGAAGAGCGCGCGCGCGAGAGAGAGAGAGAUAGAAAGUACAUUACGCAUAUUUUGUUUAUUUCUUUUUUCUUCUGUUCGGUCAACGACAGUCUAUUAUUAAUAUAGGGACAGAGUAUAAAAAGGGGGAAAAAGUGAAGCAAACAUAGUAAAAGAGUAUGUAAUAGGUUCAUAGUAAAAUGGAAUCAUAGAAACGAAGGGUUAAAAACAGUAACAGAUAAUCUAUAGAAGUGAAGCUUAUCUAACAAAAUAUAAAACUCUGGUUCGAAGCGGAAAAGCAUACAUACAUUCUGAGAUAGUUUCAAACAACAACAACAAAAACCAAUACGAAAAAGACAGAAAACAAGUUUAAAAAAAAACAUCAAACAGCAAUAUUUAUGUAUAACUUUAUUUUAUUUCUUUACUUACGUUUUCAUAAAUAACAUUCUGUUCACCAUUUUGAAACUCCCGUGUGUUUUUGUUUGUUUGCUGUCCUUGUUAUCAUGCUGUCAACAUCAUGAAACGGAACAUAUUGUUAACAUAGCAAACAAACAAGCAGCAGAAAAGAACACUCCCCAAUUUUUCCACGUAUCCAGUCCAUGCUUCCACUUUAAGGUUAAAUUAAGUAUACCAUAUACCGGGGCGCGAGAGAGGUAUGGUGCGAGGUUAGAGACGAAACUACUAUGUAAUACAGAAGAAGUGAGCGCCAGCACUAAACCAGAAGUAGUAGGUAGGAAUGGUGUGCAGGAAAGACACAGAAGAGGUGACAAGACGGGCAACAGGCCGUUAGCACCACCCAUACGUCCUCACACCUUGGUACGGAUGGUCUGCUGUUGGUUUUUGCUGUGGUCGAUGAUUGUGUAUAAGAGAAGGGUAGAAACGAAACAAAGCGGCGGUUAAGAUGAGGCGAGACACGCAAACCCGUUGUUGUAACGCAAACGGAAAAUUUGGAAUAAAUGCAGAACAAUAUAUGGCCCACGAA